UUUUUCCAGCACAGUAAAAUAGUUGGUUGUAAACGGUGCUUCUCGUCCGUGCCCUAAAAUUGAAGAUGAGCUUGGCUCGACUCUGAGAAAGACGAGCUUCGGAUUCUUGGAUCGAGAUUCGAGAUCAUGGCGAGAAUUUGAUGAGCUUGCCUUUUGAUUCUCGGAUCAAGAUCGUCCGAACGUCGGCGUUGAAGAAUCUGCUGAGAGUCGUACUGCAGUCAUCAAAUACCAAUGCAAGUAUUAUAUUCUUAUAGAUUGAAAAUGGCGAACUGCAAUAAGCCUUGCAUGCUUAAUUCUAAAUUUUCUGUGAUCAAUGACUAAAACCAUCUUGGUGCGUGUAUGUCUUAUUGGAUUGUUGGAGUUCAGAAACAUUCCUAGAGUGUGUGGAUAUGGCUUCCCCAAUCCCCAGCAGCAGCAGCAAUGAGAAAAGAAGUAUUUUAAGACGGAGUCCCAGACAUCAGACUCAUGAGCUGAAUGCCGGAACCACAGAACAUGGGUCUAAAAAGGUCGGAUUUGCUGGUUUUGAAAAUAUAAGCAAUGAGAAAACAAGUAAUUUAAGACGAAGUCCCAGAAAGCAGACUCAUGUGCCACAUUCUGGAACCACAGAAAAUGAAGCUAAAAAGGUUGGGUUUGCUGGUCUUCAAAAUGUAAGCAACGAGAAAAGAAGUAAUUUAAGACAGAGUCCCAGACAUCAGACUCAUGAGCAGAACUCUGGAACCACAGAAAAUGGAUCUGAAGAGGUUGGGUUUGUUGGUUUUCAAAAUAUAAGCAACGAGAAGAGAAGUAUAUUAAGACGGAGUCCAAGACAUCAGACUCGUGAGUUGAAUUCCGGAACCACAGAAAAUGGAUCUAAAAAGGUUGAGUUUGCUGGUGUUCAUAGUAUCAACAAUGAGAAGAGAAGAAUUUUAAGACAAAGUCCCAGAAACCAGACUCAUGAGUUGAACUAUGGAACCAUGGAAAAUGGAUCUAAAAAGGUCAAUUUUGCUGGUUUUGAAAGUAUAAGCAAUGAGAAAAAAAGCUUUUUAAGACGAAGUCCCAGACAUCAGAGUCAUGAGCUGGAUUCUGAAACCACAGAAAAUGAAUCUAAAAGUAUAAACAAACCAGCAGAUCAUGGCGAACAUGUUUUGCCAAAAUUGGGAAAGGUAGACAGGAACAAUGAUUUAGCAAAGAGUUCCAGCAAAUCUCCAUGUGAGCAAAAUAGAGAUUCUUCUGAAGUGAAAGGCAGAAGAUAUCCCUUGAGGACUUCAUUAGGCACUGCCAGAAUUACUCAGUCAAUAUCAAAAACUGAGAACCAGCAUGAGUUGGUUCCUAAACCACUCAAUCUACUUAGAAGAAGAAGAAGAAGAAGAAGGAAGAAGGGAGAUAAAGUAAAGAAAGCUUCAAAAGAUGAAUUUUUUGUGAUCAUGAAACGAGUAAGAUACUUGUUGACACGAAUGAACUAUGAGCAGAAUCUGAUUGAUGCGUAUUCUGGCGAAGGGUGGAAAGGCCAAAGUGCAGAUAAACUAAGACCUGAGAAGGAGCUUGAAAGAGCCAAAUCUGAAAUUGUGCGUCGUAAGUUUAAAAUACGCGAACUGUUUCGGCACCUUGAUUCUUUGUCUUCUGAAGGAAGGAUCGAGGCAUCUCUAUUUGAUUCUGAAGGGCAACUUAACAGUGAAGAUAUUUUUUGCGCCACAUGUGGUUCAAAAGACUUGUCUCCUGAUAAUGAUAUCAUUCUUUGUGAUGGACUUUGUGACAGAGGCUUUCAUCAAAAGUGCUUAAAUCCUCCUCUGUUGAGUGAAGAUAUUCCUCCAGGCGAUGAAGGGUGGUUAUGCCCAGCCUGUUGUUGCAAGAUAGACUGCAUUAAAUUAUUAAACGAGCUUCAAGGAAGUAAUUUAUCUAUUAAGGAUACAUGGGAGAAAGUAUUUCCUGAGGUAGUUGCCAUGACCAAUGAAGAUAAAAAACGUGAUGACUUGCCAUCAAAUGAUUCAGAAGAUUAUGAUUAUGGCUCAGAUGGUUCAGAAGUUGAUUUUGAACGAUCGGGCUCUACUUCCUCUGAGGAUGAUUCAGACGAUGAUGAUUUUGAUCCUAAUGAUUCAAAUGUUGAUAAAAGUGUUCCUAAAUAUGGAUCAAGUUCAGAUGAAUCAAACUUUAAAUCAGAUUCUGCUAAGUUCUGUAUUGAACUUAGAAAAACUUUACGUGCUAAGAAAGAUUCUGCACCCUCUGUGCGGAACUUGAAGCCUAUUGCCAACUCUGGUGAAGGAACAUGCACAGUAGACAUUUGUAACUCUGAGAUUCCUUCUGUUCUGGAACCAGGAUUGGACCAAGAGAAUUUGCUAACAUCAGGAAAAAGGAAUCUCGAAAAUUUUGAACUCAAACAUUUGUCUGAUGAAACAUAUGAAACAUCUCCUUCAGAUUCAAGUGAAGAUGAAAACUGGUCUGAAUCAGCUGAUAUAAAUAUGCCAAACAGAAGAAAGAAAUAUGCAAAUAGGAAGGAGCCUUAUGGACCAUCAAACGCAAAUACUAGAACUGUUAAGAGCUACAAAAAUUCGAAAAAUGUUGUAGGCAUGCCUACUGAGGUUGACAUGGUAAGAAAAUCACUUAUAAAUCUUCCACAGGUUUCACAUGUUCAUGAAACUACUCCCAGCAAAACAUAUCCUGCACUGGACGCAAGUGCUAUGGAGCAUGUAGAGCACCAUGGUUGUUCGGAGCCUGGUUCUAUCGAGUUUUCUGUAUCUACAUCUAAAAGCUUUAGUGAAGCAGCUAGAAAGAAACUUUGUGAAAUUUUUCAAAAAAACCAAUACCCUACAAGGGCAGAAAAAGAAAGCCUAGCAAAAGAACUUGGUCUCACUUACCAACAGGUGCAGAGAUGGUUUAUAAAUUCACGACAUAGCUUUUGUGCGCCUACCAAGGAAGCUUCUCCUAAUGAAGUCCCCUCAGCAAGUAACGAUAUUGCUGCUACCAACGAGAAUACUAAAUGCAUUAAUGAAGUAGGUAAAGACGGACAGGAGGCUGUAGCUCGUCAAUUACUGGGGCUUCACGAAAGUUUUCAAGAAAAUCAAUACCUUACAUGGCAGAAUAAAGAAAGUCUAUCACAAGUACUUGGUCUCACAUACCAACAGGAGCAUGGAUGGUUUAUGGGUUCACAUAGCAUUUGUCUUUCUACUAACGAAGCACCACUUAAUGGACUCCCCUCACCAAAUAAAGAUAAUUCUGCCACCAAUGAAAAUAUAAGAGGCAUUAAUCUUAAUUAUAGUGGUGGCAGUAUCAGUCCGAUGUAUGCUACCGAAGGAAUUAAGAGAAAAAACCCAAUAUCUGAUGAACAACUAAAUGUUGGAGAUGAGCAAUGCAGCAUGAGCAAAGUAGAUAAAGAGCGGGAGAAGGCUGUAGCUCGUGAACUGAGGAAGAUGAAAAAACGCAGAUAGGCAGCCAUUGAGUGGUUUGAUGAUGAAAUCUUUCUAGAGUCAAGGAUGGUGGGUUUUUUCUUUUUUUUUUCACCAAUGAGGAGCAUUUUGAUGCAUCAUUUUGAGCAUUCUUAAAACGCUUAGAAAACCCAUGUGAAUCUUGAUACAGAGAACUGUUGCUUUGGGCCAACUACUUAGUAUUAUAAGAUGCAUAUUUCCUUGUUCAUGGUUUC